CAGCCCUGGAGCUAUCGCCAGCAGUGGUGACUGAUGAAGCCUCAACAGCAGCAGCCUGGAGACCAUUGAGAAAAGACGUCGUUUUCAAUGUGACCUCAGCUCACCCACUCUCAGCAGCGGUUAUCGAGAGCUCUCAGUGUCACAGCUGUACGAGAGGAGGAAGUGCAAAAAUAAAGAAGAAUAGGAGGGGGGAGAUGGGGAUGAAGCGAAGACAGGCGAUGGGAGACUCUCAGAGAAGAUGAAUGGAAGACACAGAAGAAUGAUGAUGAUGGAAGUGAAUGUUUUUCUGCUCCUCGUGUUGUCAGCCGUCCCAGCAUGGACCCAAGCCGUGCUGGAUGUGUGCGCAACCUGCCACCCUAACGCCACAUGUGAGGACAAGCCAGACGGCUCUGGAAAAGUCUGCAACUGCAACUACGGCUUUGUUGGAAAUGGGAGAACCCACUGUCAAGAUAAAGACGAGUGUCAGAUAGGAGCCAGUAAGAUCUGUGGGCAGCACACCACCUGCCACAACACGUAUGGCAGCUACUACUGCACCUGCCUGUCUGGCUACAGGCCGUCUAACAACAUGGCUGUCUUCAUCCCAAACGACGGAACCCACUGCCGAGAUAUUGACGAGUGCAGGAUCACAGGGCAAUGUGGAGAGGGAGGUCAAUGUAGAAACCUUGAGGGCAGCUUCGACUGCAGCUGUCAGAUUGGAUACAAAGUCCACAAUGGAGCCGAGCCUUUUCGUCCGCAGAGAGGCGGAGCUGCCUGCAAAGUGGUCGACUGUGGUCCGCCUGUCUUGGUGGAAGACUCGGUCCUCCUGUCCAUCACAGUCACCACGUACGGUGGCGUUGCCAGGUUUGGCUGUGAGGAAGGCUUUGUAUGGCGGAGGGGAGACAACAGCUCUGUGUGUGGAGCGGACGGAUCGUGGAGCGAGUCCAGCCUGGUGUGUGAAGAGAUCUUGUGUGGGAAUCCUCCUUUGAUUGAAUUCACAGAGCAGGUGUGGAGCAGCAGUUCGUCCCCCGGCAGCACAGUGCUGUACCUCUGUACAGAGGGCUUUCAUAGUAACGGAGGGCAUAAUGUUUCAGUCUGUGGUAAAAACGGACAGUGGACAUCUCCAACUUUGUCAUGCCAAGAGACUCUGUGUGGAGAUCCACCUGUGGUGCCCCACACUGUGCAGGUGUGGGACGGCAGCUUCACCCCUGGAAGCACAGCAGCUUAUUACUGUAACCUAGGAUUUUAUCAUCAUGAAGGUAGCAAUGUGUCAGUGUGUGCAGAUAACGGUUACUGGACAGUGCCUGGCAUUCUCUGCAAAGAGGUUGACUGUGGAGAGCCCACAUCCAUCCCUCACGCUAUAAUGGAGUGGGAUAACAUUUCCACUGUGGGCUCUAAGGUUGUUUAUAGGUGUGACCGUGGAUUUGUCAAUGUUGACGAAGGAAAUGUAUCAGUUUGCACAGCCAGUGGAGGAUGGGACGCGCCCUCUCUGUCCUGCCAAGAAAUCAGCUGCAGGAACCCUCCUGUAAUAGAGCACGCUAACAUGCAGUGGGAUGGGACGCCACACGGUGGCGCUGUGGUGUAUUACCAAUGUGAGGAAGGAUAUUACACCCGAGGCCUGAGAAACUACUCGGAGUGUGGAGAGAAUGGAUUAUGGGAGGAUGUUGAUCUGUCGUGUGAAGAAAUCAGCUGCAGGAACCCUCCUGUAAUAGAGCACGCUAACAUGCAGUGGGAUGGGACGCCACAUGGUGGCGCUGUGGUGUAUUACCAAUGUGAGGAAGGAUAUUACACCCGAGGCCUGAGAAACUACUCGGAGUGUGGAGAGAAUGGAUUAUGGGAGGAUGUUGAUCUGUCGUGUGAAGAAGUAAACUGCGGCCCCCCGAAAUGUCUCCCCAACACUAACCUGCUGUGGGACGGCAGCAGCACACCGGGCAGCGUGGCGCGGUGCGAGUGUGUGGACGGGUUUUACCAAGAGAGUGGAAACGAUUUGUCAACAUGUUCUCUGUCAGGAGUGUGGGGGGAAGUAUCUGUAAAAUGCAAAGCUAAAUGCGGCCCCGUUCCCUUCCUGGCCCACUCGGAGGUGGUGUGGCACAACAGAAGUGUUGUGAUUCAUCGCUGUGUGGCGGGAUAUCACAGCUGGAGGGGCGUCAACGCCUCCGUGUGCAGCGGCUCCGGACUGUGGCUGAGAGCUACUCUCAACUGUAUCGAAAUCAAGCCGCCUGUUAACCAGCUGACACUUUACAAUGGAAACUGUUUGAAGUGGAAGGCAGAGAAGUUUGAGGAAGAUACAGAACUUUACAAGGUGGUUUAUUUGGGAUCCAGAGACUACCAGAGGUCGUUUCUAGACAAAGGACGACGUCAGCUGAGCUCCAAAGGCGAUCGGCUGAUAAUCUGCCUGCGGCUGCUUCCAUUAACAAACUACAGCAUUUCCAUUACUGCAGUAGCUGCCAGAUUCACAGCCACCAUCACAGCCAACACCAGUUUAACAGUACCUCCAGCACCAGUUGUACACUACACAGAACUGGAGACCCCAGUUCCAACGCUGAGGCUGAAAAGAUCUCCCAACACUCUGGAUCCCAUCAGCUUCUACCAAAUCUUUGUGCUUCCUGUGGAGGAGCUUGUGGUGUUUGACUGCUCCUCUCCCGCCAGCCUCGACCCCUCAAGCAGAGCAGAGUCACCAGCUGAGUACCUGACCGCCCAGCUUGGUGUGCAGAGCCUUGGAGCAGAGGUCAACUUCACGGUGGGGGACGGAGUCCUCUAUGGGGGCUUCUACAACGCACCGCUGCAGAGCGGUAACACCUACUUCAUUGUCCUUCGGGUUGUCAGUCGGUGGAAAACGAUGUCGAGAAGUUGCUGCGUCCUUUGGGCUAAAGUUGCAGGUACAUCUUACAUCCUGAGGGUGUCGUCGCUGUGUGCUGCUGCCUCUAUAGCAGCGGUUGCCAUGGUUUUAUUGGCGGCAUACAGAUUGUCCUGGUGUGUGAACAGGACGCAACCAUUCUCAGCCCCGCUCGCUUCAGUCCAUAGUGACAAAUAUAAUGACUCCAAACUGUAUAUUCUGUAAAUACUUACGUCACAUAUAAUCAUUUACAUCCCUCCAAAUGAAUAAACAUAUGUUUUCCACCAUCUACUGGAUUAGGCCUAGGAAUGUGAUCAUUCUCUGUCUGCUGUGUUGCUAUUGUUUAGACAAAGAACAUGCUCUUUGUUCUGCUUUUUAAUCACAAAAUGUUUUUGAAAACUGCUUCCUCUUCACAAUUAUCCAGUACUGUUAACAGAAACCUCCC